AUGCCACCGGUGCGAUCUGCAUUAAACAAUGAAUGGGACGUAUUCGGUUCGACUGCAGUAAUGAAGUUCUAUAAAUCUUGGACACCCCUCUUACCGGCUUUCAUUCGCGACAAUGUCACCGAUCAACUCAUCCUUCCUAAAUUGCGCUCUGCUGUUUCUGAUUGGGAUGGCAAGAGUGCUUUAUAUAAAGUUGUGUUCCUAUGGAUGCCGCUCUUACAUCACCAAAUGGACGAUAUCAUCUCAGAAGCAAAAAGGCGAAUUCGUUCAUCACUUAAAUCAUGGAGAGUCUCAAAGGGUAUCCUAUCGGAAUUGCGUAAAUGGAGAGAUGUUUUCCGUACAAGCGAAUGGGAUUCGAUGCUGUUAGAGUAUGUGGUAGAGAAGCUGUCAACAUAUCUGAGGAAGGAGCUCAAAAUCACUGCAAACCCUCGAGCGCAAGAUAGACAGCCUUUGAAGGAUGUUCUACAAUAG